CGAGGCAGGCGGAGGCUCCCCAGCAGACUGCAGAGAGGUGCCGAGGCUGGUUGCGGGCACGGCGGAGAGGCUCGAGGGUGGGGUGGAAAUCACAGCCCCUUUCUCUCUGGGCGCACUGCACCUGGGUCCCUGGGCACAGUAGCAGCAGCACCAUCAUGUCCAACGUGCACCUCUCCAGCGCCUCGGCUCUGGAGCGCCUGGCCGCCCGCAGGACUUUCCCCUUACACGCCCGCACUGGGGUCUGCAGGAACCUCUUUGGCCCGGUGGAUCACGAAGAGCUGAGCCGGGAGCUGAAGAGCAAACUCCGGGAGAUCAGCGAGGACGACCAGAGGCGGUGGGACUACAACUUCCAGACCGACACCCCACUGGACGGCCCGGGCAGGCUGCAGUGGGAAGAGAUGGAGGGCGACUCGGUGCCGGCUUUCUACCGGGAGACGCUGCAGGUCGGGAGGUGCCGCUUCCCGGUGCUGCUGGUCCGGUCCAAGCCGUCUCUUGGGGGCCUGGACACUCCUGCGGGGGUUCACCCCAGGGACUCCCACCAGGAGCUGGCGGUGCCCGCGGCCUCCUCCCCCAGCCCCCAGGGAAGGACGGCAGCCCUGGAGAGCGCUACCUCGGCGGGCAUAGAGCGGCUCAACCAGGAGAACCGAUCCGACCAGCUCAAUUUCUCAGGGAUCGCGCCGCUCAAACGGGUCUCGUCCUGCAGCGCAACCCACAUCACAGGUAAAGAGGGUGGCUCGGGGCAAACCCCCCCCCUUUCCCCGAAGCGCCUCGGGCAGGCUGCGGGCUGCGCUCCCGGGGAAAUGCUUACACAGCACUUCGCGCUGCUGCUGCUGCUGGCCGGCGAGGUAAACAAACCCGGCCCCGCUGCACAGCUCUCCCGAGGCAGAGAGGGGGCGUAG